GGCUGUCAGAGCACCGCAGAAGUUAGCAGUGGGACUUUCUGAGCCUGCGACAGAAAGUAAAAGUGACAGAGACGCAGAUCUUUGUCUCUCAGGGGCAGUGGUAUAACGUCGCGUAACCGUCGCGUUGUACCAGUGAGAAUUAAAAAUGUUUUCCUUGUCAAUGACGGUCCAGCCACAGGUGACUGUACCUCUCAGCCACUUCAUCAAUGUCCUCCACUCUCUGAAGAGCUCAGUGGGAAGCAGCAGCAGUGCCACCUGCAAAUCAAUAAAACACAAGGAGCAUGCCUCCGAUUCAGAACUAGACUGCACAGAGUCCAUGUGGAACCUGCGGGAGCUUGGAUUAUCAGACCUGGGAACACAGCAGCUGGAUGAGCUUGUGAACCGUGUGUUACCACACUUGAGCACACAGGCGGAGCUGCUUCCAGUGGGCAGUCAGACAGCCUGGAAGACCUCCCAUCUUUCUACACACUCCUUUUUCUACAACAAGCAUGGGUUCUCAUGUGGUCCGACGCCAAUGUCGGCCCAAGUUUUUUCCAGGCAGCAACCUUCACCUCUUCUGUCUCUCUGCACAGAGCUACAACACUGGCCAGUGUUGGUUCAGAGCAGAGGCUUUAAAACUUUAAAGAGCAAAACCAGACGACUGCAGUCAGGCUUCGACCGCCCUCUAGAGUCUGAGGGGUUCACACCAUCUUUUAUGAAGGGUAUCCUCUCACGUGACAAGGGGAUUGAGGUGGAAAGUCUAGACACCCUGUUGAAGAACAAGAACAUACCUAAUGGACAACAGGAUGCUUUCAAGAGGGGCUUUGCUGAGGGUUUCCUGAAAGCUCAAGCCUUGACACAACGGACACAAGACUCUCUGAGGAGGACUCGUCUCAUCCUGCUGGUGCUGCUUCUUGUUGGGCUUUAUGGUAUCUCCAAAACCCCUUUCCUAUCGGUGCGGUUCCGAACCACAUCAGGCCUGGACUCUGCAGUGGACCCUGUGCAGAUGAAAAACGUGACAUUUGAGCACGUCAAAGGGGUAGAAGAGGCUAAGAAUGAGCUGCAGGAAGUGGUGGAGUUCCUGAAAAACCCACAGAAGUUCACAGCACUGGGAGGAAAGCUGCCAAAAGGUGUUCUACUGGUCGGCCCUCCUGGGACUGGUAAGACCCUACUGGCCAGAGCGGUGGCCGGAGAGGCAGAUGUUCCAUUCUACUACGCCUCUGGGUCAGAGUUUGAUGAGAUGUUUGUUGGAGUGGGAGCCAGUCGCAUCAGGAACCUUUUCAGGGAGGGUAAAGCCAAUGCUCCCUGUGUGAUUUUCAUUGAUGAACUGGACAGUGUGGGUGGGAAAAGGAUCGAGUCUCCCAUGCACCCUUACUCCAGACAGACUAUCAACCAACUGCUUGCUGAGAUGGAUGGGUUCAAAACAAAUGAAGGUGUGAUCAUCAUUGGAGCAACAAACUUCCCAGAGGCUUUGGAUAAUGCCCUGAUCCGCCCAGGACGUUUUGACAUGCAGGUGACUGUCCCCAAACCGGACGUGAAAGGACGCACAGAGAUCCUCAACUGGUACCUGAAGAAGAUUAAAGUGGAUCCAGCUAUUGAGGCCAAUAUCAUUGCCCGGGGCACGGUGGGCUUCUCGGGCGCUGACCUGGAAAAUCUGGUCAAUCAGGCCGCCCUGAAGGCAGCAGUUGAUGGCAAAGACAUGGUCACUAUGAAGGAGCUGGAGUUUGCUAAAGACAAAAUCCUCAUGGGCCCCGAGAGGAGGAGUGCAGAAAUAGAUAAGAAGAACAAGCUGAUCACAGCGUACCACGAAUCAGGUCACGCAAUUGUAGCUUACUAUACCAAAGACGCCAUGCCAAUCAACAAGGCUACUAUCAUGCCCAGGGGCCCAAGUCUGGGACAUGUGUCCAUGCUUCCGGAGAAUGAUCGCUGGAGUGAGACUCGCUCUCAGUUACUGGCCCAGAUGGACGUUAGCAUGGGCGGCCGGGUAGCAGAGGAGAUUAUAUUUGGCCAUGACUACAUCACGACCGGAGCAUCAAGUGACUUUGACAGUGCUACUAAGAUCGCUAAGAUGAUGGUGACCAGAUUUGGAAUGUGUGAAAAGCUGGGUGUGAUGACCUACACUGACAUGACACAGCAGAGCCCAGAGACGCAAGCUGCUGUGGAGCAUGAAGUCAGGCUGUUACUGAAGGAGUCUUACGAGCGUGCCAAAGCCCUGCUGAAGUCUCACGCCAAGGAGCACAAGAACCUGGCAGAUGCUCUGCUCAUGUAUGAGACACUGGAUGCCAAAGAGAUCCAGCUGGUCCUGGAGGGCAAGACCCUGGAGACAAGAUGAAACCAGCGAGGACAGCAACAACCUCGGGGAAGCAACAGGGAAGGGGUCAGAUUUUUAAGAGCUCAGGCACUAAGGUAGGGGGAGUGGAUUCAGAUCUUGAGCAGUUAAUCAGAGGCGUAGGAAGUCCUGGCCUACAUUCACUAAGUCUCUUGACAAGUGCUCAUGUGGGACAGUGUUCAUCUAUCUUCAUGCUGUCACCUUCAUGGAAUCUCAUCAGUGUUCACAGACAAGUAGCUUUGUUCUUUGAAACUUAAACAUGAAUUUCCCGCAUUCAGAGGUAAGCAGAUGUAUGUUGCAUGGGUUCAUUGUAUGUGGUGAAGGUUAAAAGUUUAAGUGUUGAGGAUGUUGCUCAGAUUUACUUUAUCAGCUGGGAUUAGAAAAUAAUACAUGAAUGUAAAUAUGCACCUUGGGUAUAAAAACAAAAAAUAGAAUUUCUUUUCUUUUAAAUUUGGGUGUAUACUGUUUAGCCAGGUCUAUAUAAUAAAUUCCUAUUCUGUCAGCGUGAAGCGCUGAGCAGGGAAUACCAUAAACCCAAAGAGCUACCAUGUAAUCAUGGCAACCAGAAUUUAACUUAAUCUCAACUCAUUUUUGUUGUGUUUGUGUUAGUGUCUGUUAUUUGUGAAGUAAAUCCUCAAGGUCAAGGAUGUUUGAAAAGAUCAUGCAUACACAGCAUAUAUACAUCCUCCUGUCCUGUGGUUCUCCUCUGCUCACGUCCCUGUUGUUUAUCUUUAAAGGUGGCCUUUUGGGGGAAUGUACUAUAAGUAUAUAUUUGUAAAGUGGGAAGUGUAAAAAGUUAAACUGCAACCUCUCAGCACUUUGAAUAACUGAACAAAUUGAAAAUGCACUCAUGCACUCUUCAUGUAAUUUAUUUCAUUUAUGCUGUGUGUGUACAGAUUGAACAAAAACUGCUGCUCAGCCUCAAAAAGCAUGAAAGAAAUACAAGCUGCAUUUAUGUAGUGAUAAUCGGAAUAAAGUUGUGACGUUGGCCUAAUUUAUUAAAAUACUCCGAGCUCGGCUUCUGAAAAGCCUCUCUGCAAAAAUAUCAGUUUUUCUUUCAACUGCAAAUGAGUGGACUCGGCCAUAAUCCCUCAGUUACUGACCAUUAAUGUCUGUGAAACGUGUGAGACCAACAUGACGUUUUAGCUGUCACCGUUCAGUGAGUCUAAAUGUAAAGAGACAUCCUCGAUUCUAAAUAUGACAUUUCUUCAACACAGUUCGUGGGUAGAAACUUGCAGUUAUGUGUCUGUUAAAAUAUUGAAUGUCUUCAUUUUAAAUUAAAUAGUUAAAGCAGCAACAGCGUAUGUAAUCCUUACUUCAGCAUUUUAGAACAGAAAGUAGAGCUCUCUCAUCAAGAUUACCACCAGCCUAUGUUAUAUCACAGUGUUAUCUUAUUCAGUUUCUUUGCUUCAGUUUGGCACAAUGUUUGUUCUGUGUAUGUUUAGCUGUAUAUAUGAUGUGAUGGGAACAUUGUAUAUAGAUGUAUAGUAACGCUUUUAUGCUGUGUACACACCUGAAUGGCUCUCUGCUGUUGAUUGAAAAAAAAAAACCUCUUGACAAUGUGAUGGCAACGCGUGAUGAACAUUUGUGCGGCUGAAUUAAAUAAAAAGAAGAAGCCCAAA